CUCAAGGAUGGUGUAUAUUCAACCGAACUUGAGAAGUCCCUCCUCGGUGCAGAUGUUAAUCGCAUUGUCAAUCACCUGUCUUUUGGUUGGUAUGAGUCUUUGUUCCAGUCAUACAUGGCGAAAAAGCUGGUCAAAGUUGUGUCGUCCAUGGGCGAACAAUCGAUGGGGAAGAGCUUUUCCUUGAACCAUCUUGUGGAUACGUUAUUCGCGGGAUCGGCCAUGUGUAUGACAGAAGGGGUUUGGAUGUCAGUAACUCCGACUAAAGAUGCUCUUAUUGUUGCUUUGGAUUUUGAAGGUGUUCAUAGUAUUGAGCGUUCUGCUCAAGAAGAUACAUUGCUCAUGCUAUUCAAUACUGCGAUCUCUAACUUGGUGCUAUUCCGGAACAACUUCGCCCUGAGCCGAGACAUCACAGGCUUAUUCCAGUCGUUCCAAUCAAGCUCGACCGUCCUCGACCCAGCAUCUAACCCGAGUCUAUUUCAAUCAACGUUGGUGAUCAUAAUUAAAAUACUUUCCCAUCUCUUGAAAUUUGAUGUCGUGGAUUUGGACAAAGCAGAAAUCACUAGAGAGUUCGCCCUCAAGUUUCAGCAGAUAGUUCAAGAUGAACAAGAGGCCAACUUCAUUUCUCGCCUUCACGCUGGGCAGUUGAAUAUCAUCCCUUGGCCGGUAAUUGAGUCGCAGGAAUUCUAUAAGUUGUUCCCAACUCUCAAACGUCGACUGGAUAAACAAAAAUUGACGCAUCAUACAGCAGGAGAAUUCCUUCAUGUCACGUGCGUACUCUUAAAGAAUCCAUAG